AUGCUUCCCUUCUCUCCUGGUGAUCCAGAAGACACCAAAAGGCAUACCGGCAAGGGUUCGCAUCAUCAGACUUCGGAAAUGGCCUCUUUUAUGGAACCACUUCUUGAGAGAAGGACAACCACUCCUUCUACACCCAAUCCACCUUCUUCUUCUCAAUUCUCUAGUUCUGAAAUUGAUCAUCAUCAUCAUUCAUACGGACAUAGCUCUUGGAAAAGUAUUCCAUCGGAAGUGGUUCAUUUCAUGAUGGAGUUUCUCGAUGAUGAGAGUUUAUUAAGAGUUGUCAUGCCAUUAUCGAGACAUUUUGAGGAUUAUUCGGUGGAUUUGAUAUAUAGGCGAAAUAUUGAGAGAGGAUAUGGGUUAUUGAACUUUAUUUAUACGUACAAGACAAUUGCACAAAUAACACCACCGCCAUCAUCAUUGAUCACCUCUACCACACAAAGUAUUCAUUCAAGUUUGGAGACGGAUGACGAAAAUUCGCUGUUUUCGACAGAAAUGUUUGACAAGUUGUAUGGAAACACUGUUCUCAAAUGUAUUGAUCUUCAUGAUUAUUGCAAUCAUGUGUGUGGCUUGAUAAUUCCAUUGUUGAACCAAUAUACACGACAGAGAGAGGAACACAUGCGACUCUUUGCUACUCCAAAGAAGAUCAAAAAAUCCAAAUUACUUUCCCCAACCAGCUCAAACACUGAUGAAGAACCAUCCGUCGUUUCAGGAACUCCAAAUGGUAGUUGUAUCACACCACCCACACCUUCUCCUUUUGAUAAUAGCAAUCCUGAAUCAAUUUGUAAUCUUGACUUGUUCAAGGUUGGUGAAAAACAUUUUCGAAUUAACAAAUCAAAUAGCCAAAAAGGUCUUUCCAAAUGCACAGGUAUUAAGAGAUUAUCAGUGAGUGAUACAGAGGGUAAAAAACUCCUGUUUCACAAAAGAUAUUUUCAAUUAUUAACAUUCCUCAAUUUAAUAAUUUCUAUUGAUUAUUUGAAAACAUGGCAAUCAUCGCUCAUGAACGACUUGAGUAUGUUUCGAAGAAUAUCCUCAAAAAAGAGUAUAUUAUUAUCAAGAGAGGCUAGAAAGCUAGAAGAUGACGCGUUUUUAUUUUGCAGAGAAUUGUUUUAUUGUUGUAAGAGAUUGAAAGCCUUACGACAUGUUUCACAUUAUCGUAAAAAACUAAAGGCACUUAUUGUACAAAUAACAGAAAUUGAAAAGCCCAACAAGCAUGGGUUUUGGCCUGAAGAAAAAAAGGCAUUCAUGAUGCUACUGAGUAUAUUUGAUAACUUGAGAUCUGAACAUCCAUACAGCAAGAAGUUAUCACGAAAGAUUGUUGAUUUUUAUAACAAAAAUCUCAUACAGACGGAGGAAGGCCAAACACGCAUUGAGCUGUACGAAUCUACAACAUUUAACAUCAAAUUCUUUUUGGAGAGAUGCUGUUCCAAUAUUAAGAAAGAGCUGGAAAAGAAAUAG